CUCCUUCAACUGCGUUCACAGCACACUUCGAACUUGGCGUCAAUCCCAACGCGCGCACGCGCCCCCUUCAUCACGCGAGCGACACCAAACGCUACCGUUUGAGAACCCCGGCGCAGCCGUACGAUGGCCUCGCAGGACGUGUCAAUGGACUCGCCGCCGCGACCCGCGGGCGACCAGGGCAGUGAGGAGCCCAUGUACGGCGGCUACUCGCGUUUCGAGAUUGAGCUCGAGUUCGUCCAGUCCCUCGCCAACCCCUUCUACCUCAACCACCUCGCGUCGCAGAAGCUCCUCUCGCAGCCUGCCUUCGUCGCCUACCUUGCCUAUCUGCGCUACUGGUCCCGCCCGCCGUACCUCAAGUACCUGACGCACCCGGGCCCGACGCUGCGCCACCUCGAGCUCCUACAGCAGGAGCGCUUCCGGCAGGACAUUAUGAGCCCGGACUUGGUGGCUCGGCUGGUCGACGAGGAGAUGCGCGCGUCGGUGCAGUGGCACCGCGAAGCGUGAGCGAACGGCUUUACCUAGCCAGCGCGCGGCCGCGGCAGCAGCAGCAGCAGCAGCAGCAGCGGCUCGCGUGCCUCGGGCCAGGCAGCAUCCAGGAGACGAAGCUCCACCAAGGGCUCAACUACGACGACAUGACGGCCUACGUGCUGCAACAAUGUUACGAAAUGAUAAGAUUUUUAUCGAAGCCGACGGCAGGCUGCAACAGGGCCGAAGCUGCCAGUCUAUGGAUUCUGGUCUACCCAUCAAUGUCUACCAUCGUAUGUCAUCGCUCAACACACGAUAUGCUCCAAGCCUCCAACAACGCCCGAAACCCAUACCAAAAGAAAACCACCCAAGAUAAACGCCAAACGUCUCUUCCGCCCAAAGACCGAUAAUAACAGCCGACAGCGAGACGGA